AUGAAGUCAAUCCUAUUACUAUCAGCCCUUUGCGCCAGGGCAUCUGCGUUUUCUAUUCCAGAUGGUCACCCCUUGGUUCAUUGGCGACCGGCUGGUCCGGGUGAUGUUCGGUCACCUUGUCCGAUGUUGAACGCUCUAGCCAACCAUGGCCUGCUCCCUCAUGACGGCAAAAACAUUACAGAAGAACAAACCGCCAAUGCCUUGAAACUUUCCAUCAACUUGAAUGAAGAUGUCGCCAAAUCCCAGUUCCAGGAGGCUUUGGCGACGAAUCCGACUCCCGGUGCUACGACAUUUUCUCUUGAUGACCUUAGUCGCCACAAUAUCAUAGAGCAUGAUGCGAGCUUGAGCCGACAAGACCAUUACUUCGGAGACGAUCAAAAUUUCAACCCAGUUAUCUUUGACCAGACCCGAUCCCAUUGGAAAGGCCUUUUCAUCAAUGUACAUGAAGCGGCGCUUGCUCGCAAGGCCCGUGUUGAGACAUCGAAUGCCACAAAUCCCGAAUUCACGCUGUCGAAGUCUGCUUUGACUCUUACGUACGGAGAAUCUGCUGUAUACAUUGUCACAUUCGGUGACAGGUCUGCCGGUACCGUGCGCAAGUCUUGGGUUGAGUAUUUCUUUGAGUUCGAACGACUCCCAACAGAGCUUGGUUGGACCAAACAUGAAGACGAAAUCACUUCCUCCGACCUGAACAGCAUGGCUCAGAGAGUCAUUGACGCCACAGAAAGCUCGGAUGAAGAGAAGCACAGUCUGUUGAGACGGAGAGACUUCCAUGCAGGUCAUACGGCGAGGAGACACCAUCAUUGA